GUGGGUAAGUCAGGUGAUGCUGGGGGGCGGACGCAGGGACGUGGUUUAAGGUCUGGUCCCACCGACCCGACCCCCGCUGUCGUUACCGCCAUGACGGGUCUCGCGCUCCUCUACUCCGGGGUCUUCGUGGCCUUCUGGGCGUGCGCGCUAGUCGUUGGAAUAUGCUACACCAUUUUUGACUUGGGCUUCCGCUUUGAUGUGGCAUGGUUCUUGACCGAGACCUCUCCCUUCAUGUGGUCAAACCUGGGCAUUGGUCUGGCAAUCUCCCUGUCUGUGGUUGGAGCAGCCUGGGGCAUCUAUAUUACUGGCUCUUCCAUCAUUGGGGGAGGGGUGAAAGCCCCUAGGAUCAAGACCAAGAACCUGGUCAGCAUCAUCUUCUGUGAGGCUGUGGCCAUCUACGGCAUCAUCAUGGCAAUUGUCAUUAGCAACAUGGCUGAGCCUUUCAGUGCCACUGAUCCCCAGGCCAUUGGCCAUCGAAACUACCAUGCAGGUUACUCCAUGUUUGGUGCUGGCCUCACAGUUGGCCUGUCUAACCUCUUCUGUGGAGUCUGCGUGGGCAUUGUGGGCAGCGGGGCCGCCCUGGCUGAUGCUCAGAACCCCAGCCUCUUUGUAAAGAUUCUCAUCGUGGAGAUCUUUGGCAGUGCCAUCGGCCUCUUUGGGGUCAUCGUCGCAAUCCUCCAGACCUCCAGAGUGAAGAUGGGCGAUUAGAUGAUCUGUGUGGGUGGGGCCACCCCCCCACUCUUUAUUUAUUUGUGCUUUUCCUGGGACAGCUGGAGCUGUGCCCCUUAGCCUUUUGGGAGUUUGAUGUUCAGGCCCUCCCUACACUCACAUCCCGCUACCUGUCGACUUGGAGGCGCUGCCUGGCUGGAUCCUUGGUGUGGAGAGUGGGCUGCUGAUGACUGAGUGUGCAGCUGUGCACCUGUUUCACCCACCUCCACCCCCCCACCCAUCUCCUCAGUGUUUGUGAAAUAAAUGUAUUUGUCUGGGUCA